CACUCGGCUCCGUCUCCCUCCCCUCGGUAUUUUGUUAUCCUUGUGUGUGAAAAUGGAGGGAGAGAGUACUGACUCAGAGAGGAAGGCAAAUGGGGUGACUGAAGUUCAAACAGUGACAGGAGGAAACAAGCCGCUACAUCGCUUUUUAGCAGGACAGCCAAGAUACAUUGGGAUUGCGAUUAUGUUCUUUGGCUGUAAUGAGCUGAUGCUGGGUCUCCCGCUGAUUAGAGAGACCAUAACGACCUCAGUGAGAUUGUACACUCCUUUCUGGCAAGGCACAUUGUUCAUGAUCUGUGGAAGUUUGUCAAUUCACACUCACAGCUACCCAUCCAAAAAGCUGGUGACUGUGUGCUUGGCUAUGUACAUUGUCACAAUACUAGGCGGUUGCUUUACACUUAUUUUCAGACUGAUUGCCAUUACUGAUAUAAGUGGAAUGUUCUAUUAUACUUUCGAUGAUGAUGGUGAUGAUGCAUAUGUCCGCCUUGCUCAGCUGAAAAUCACUGAGGCUGUGUUAUAUUCAUCUACAAUAGUUGUGAUUAUUCUCCUCAUUUGUCUUUGCUGUUUUGCCAAACGAUCCUUAAAGUCCUCCAACACACAGGUCAUCAUGCGACAAGUUCUGAUGGUCACCGACACAGAGACAGAAUGAACAGAGUUACACAGUGGAAAUGUUACCAUUUUCUCAAAACUAAUAACUGAUUAAUUUCACUGUAACCACACUAAUGGACUCACUCUAUUUGGUCAUUAUACCUCAUACUGCAAAACAUGAAUUUGAUAUAUAUAUAAAACAUAAUUUUUGAUAUAUUACA